AUGCCUGUCAAUGCCAAUAUGACGAAAACCAGAAACAGGCCAUGUGCUGCAAAUUUGAAGGAGAGAACUAUCAAGAAGAAGAAAACUCCAGAGGAUAAUGUUAGAAAGUUCAGAGGAGUACGGAAAAGACGUUGGGGAAGAUGGGCAUCGGAGAUUAAGGAUCCGAUUACACGCCAGCGGCUGUGGUUGGGAACAUAUGAUACGCCAAAGGAAGCUGCCAUGGUAUAUGAUAAUGCUGGCAUCAAACUCCGUGGUGCUGAUGCUAUUACAAAUUUUGUUUUGCCAACGGCUAUAGAAAAACCACCCCCGACGAAUAUUACAUCAAUGUCCAACCAUCAUUCCAAACAAAAGUCACUGAAGUUUCCACUUGCAGAUGCACCACCUUCGGAUUAUCAAUCUUUUGAUUCAAUACAACUUGAUGAUGAAGUUGCAUUCUUUGAUGAUUUUGGUAUAACUCCUAUGGCUCCUGGAUUCAUUUCUGAGACUGGAUGUGGAUCUCCCUCAACUUUAAAAAUAGAUAACUACUUUGAAGAUAUUUCAGACAAUGAUAUCUCAAAUUAUGGUGGGCAAUUACAAUCUUCAUCUGGGRGGAAUAAUAUUCCCUACCCUGAUGAGCAUAUGGAUCCAAACAAAUGUCUACAAUUUCAACAUACAAACUUGCCACAUUCUUCUUCAGAUAUGACUAUCACAAAUCCAUUAUCUGAUAGUCCUAAUGGGAAUCAUAGAUUACAAGGAAGGAAUAUAAAUGUAGCUGAUAUAGAAAUCGUUGAUAUUACAUCAGAUAAAGAAGCGGACCAUCCAGUAACCAUUAUAGACAAAAUUGAAGGAAUAUUUGAAGAGUACUUGGAUCACGGUGAUCAAAGUGUUAUUUGUGAAUGCUGUGAUGCAAAACUAUGGAAAGAUGAAGCUCUUCAAAGGAAAAAAUGCGGGACGAAAACAAGUUACUCCCUUUGUUGUCUUUAUGGCAAGGUUCAACUUCCAAAAGAGAAAGAGAUGGAUUCUUCUUACGUAAAUCUGUUUCGCUAUGUGGACUCAAAAAGCAAAUACUUUAUGAAGAACAUUCGUCGUUAUAAUUCAGUGUUCUCAUUUACAACAAUGGGUGGCAAAAUUGAUACUUCCAUUAAUAGUGGAAAUGCACCAUAUAUAUACAGGCUUAAUGGUCAAAACUACCAUAGGAUGGGUAGUCUUUUACCAACAGAUGGAAGAAAACCGAAAUUCUCUCAACUGUACAUAUAUGAUACCGAAAAUGAAGUUGCAAAUACACAUAGUUCAUUUAGUGAAAAACAAGAGACUUCUGCAUCAAAUUCUGAUUCCCUUGAUAUUGAGAUUAUUCAAUACUUAAAGGACAUACUAGAUCCAAAAAAUGUGUUAGUGAAGUCUUAUAGAAUUGCAAGAGAUUGUUUUGAAUGCUACCCGGAUGUCAAGGUAAAGUUACGAUUGAUUGAAAAAAGAGAAAAGGAUGGAAGAACAUAUAACCUUCCAACUGCUUCAAAAGUUGCAGCUUUAAUUGUUGGAGAUGAUGGUGGUACAAUUGAAAAAAGAGAUAUCAUUGUACAACAUCAGACAGGUUAUUUACAAUCAAUAAGUGAAUUACAUCCUUCUUAUCUUCCUCUUCAAUACCCGUUGUUAUUCCCAUAUGGAGAAGAUGGUUACAGAUUUGACAUUCCUCAUAGAGAGAUAACAUCUUCAAGAAAACGUAAAAUAACAACUGUAACAAUGAGGGAGUUCUUCGCCUUCAAACUUCAAGAUAGAAGAAAUAUGUUUUCAUUACUUCUAAAUGCAAGGAGGCUUCUACAGCAAUUUAUUGUUGAUGGAUACACAAUGAUUGAAAUUGAGAGGUUACAUUAUAUACGUAAUCAGCAGAAACUCCUAAGGUGCAAGACAUAUGAUGCUCUAUGCAAUGUACAAGAAGAAGGAGAGUGUGAUCUUUCAAACAUUGGACAACGUGUUAUACUACCUUCUUCUUCACCGGUGGAGCUCGAAGUUAGAAGAUUAAUUAAGGACACAUGCCUAAAUCUAGACGACAGGCCUGACAUGCUUUGUCGUUUAUUUAAGAUCAAGCUUGAUGCACUUAUUAGAGAAUUAAAAGAGAAUGAGUUAUUUGGAAAAAUUCAAGCAGUAUACCGCAGACGAGUGGAUGGACGUUUUAUUGAGAAAUCAUGUGUUAAACUAGACAACAGAAAUGUCGUUCCAUAUAAUAAAUAUCUGUUGAAAAGAUAUCAAGCCCACAUUAAUGUUGAGUGGUGCAAUCAGACAUCUUCAAUCAAGUAUCUGUUCAAAUACAUCAACAAGGGUCCAGAUAGAGCUACUGUUGCAAUUGUAGAAAACAGUGAUGAUGCGGUCACUGUCAAUGUUGUUGAUGAGAUAAAACAGUAUUACGAUUGUAGAUACCUUUCUGCAUGUGAAGCUUCAUGGCGUAUUUUUGGAUAUGAUGUUUAUUAUAGGACUCCUUCUGUUUUAAGACUUCUUUUUCAUCUUCCGGGACAACAACAAGUAGUGUUUGGUGCUGAAGAUAAUAUUGAUAAUGUACUAAACAGACCAUCUGUGGCGUCCUCAAUGUUCAUAUCUUGGAUGCAUUGUAAUCAAAUUUAUCAAGAGGCACGAGAACUCACUUACGUUGAAUUUCCUACAAGAGAUGCAUGUUAUGCGCUUGGGCUUUUAGACGAUGACAAGGAAUAUAUUGAAGCCAUUGAAGAAGCAAAUUUAACUGUAUCUGAUUUAUCUAUUAAUGAAGAACAAGUGAAGAAUCUAACUUUGUUCGAAAUUGAAAAGAUUCUGCUUCGUAACAAUUCGACGUUGAAAAACUUCAGCACACUGCCUUAUUUUGAUAAUGACUCGCUUGAAUCCUCAAACAACCGUUUAAUUGCAGAAGAACUGGAUUAUAAUCAUUAUAAUUUAGGAKAUGAGUUUCACACCCUUGUAACUGCUCUUACAGAUGAGCAAAGAGGCAAAACAUUCCUAUGGAAGACCUUGGCUGCAUCAAUAAGAUCUAAAGGAGAAAUUGUUUUAAAUGUUGCUUCCAGUGGUAUUGCAUCUUUGCUUCUUACCUGUGGCAAAACUGCACACUCUCGUUUUCACAUUCCGCUCAUUCUGAAUGAAGAUUCUCUUUGCCAAAUGAAGCCAGAUAGUGAUAUUGCAGGCUUAAUAAUGAAAACUACUUUGAUAAUUUGGGAUGAGGCACCAAUGGUUCAUAAACAUGCAUUUGAAGCAUUAGAUAGAAGUAUGAAUGAUAUUUUCAAUGCUCAACGCRGUGGUGACUCAGAAAUGAUUUUUGGGGGUAAGAUAAUUGUUUUUGGAGGCGAUUUUAGACAGAUUCUGCCAGUUAUUCCCAAUGCAAGAGAAGGAAAAGUUGGAGGUGAUAAUGAUGGUGAAGCAGUUAUUGAGAUACCUCAUGAUCUUCUCAUUACCGAUUACAUUGAUCCUAUAUCUGCAUUAAUUGAGUUUGUCUAUCCCUCAAUUCUUGAAAACGUCAACAACUCAGCUUAUUUUCAAGAACGAGCAAUACUUGCCCCAAAAAAUGAAGUAGUUCAAGAAAUAAAUGAAUGCUUGUUGUCAUUGUUUCCAGGAGAAGAAAAGGAGUACUUAAGUUCAUAUACAUUAUGUGAAUCGGAGAAGCUUCAUGAUGAGUUCGAUAAAACUUUGUACUCUCCUGAUGUUUUAAAUGGUCUUAAAUUAUCAGGAAUACCAAAUCAUAGGAUUCUACUAAAAGUUGGUGUCCCUAUCAUGUUACUGAGGAAUAUCGAUCAGAAAUCUGGAUUAUGUAAUGGUACUAGACUGCGUGUGUUGACAUUGGGAAAUCGAGUAAUAGAAGCACAUGUCAUAUCAGGAAGCAAUAUUGGAAGUCGUACAUUCAUUCCAAGAAUGUCCUUAACACCUACAGACAAAAGGAUACCAUUCAAAAUCUGGAUUAUGUAA